GUGACGAAACGACGGCACUGGUCGAUCGAGUCGACCCUCUCCUCUCUCCGCUCCGUCGCUCUUCCACUCGCUGCCCGCCUGGUUCCUUCGGGCAGUAGCCGCGCUCGCGGAUUCUGCCUCGCCGCCGCCAUGGAUUUCCUGUGCGGCACCGGCGAUCCCGCGGUUUGGGACGGACGGCGCUUCUCCCCCUGCUUCGCGGAUUCGGUGCUGGGGUUCGGUGGAAAUGUGGUUGCCACGGUUGCCGUCCUCGCGCUUUUCAUCGCCAAGGGGAACGCGCCGAGAACUGAGAGUGUCAGGAGAGGUUUACUGGAGAAGUUGUUUGUGUUCGGUGUGCCCGGUUUUGCAGUCUGCCUUUCUUUGGUUGGACUAAUAAUGAUUGUAAAGAAGAAGUUUGAAGGGAUAUACGUUGAGAACCACAAGUUACUCUUCACAGCCUCCCAGUUUCUUUCAUGGAUAGCUGUGUGUCUUGUCUCUGUCAAUGGGCCUUGGUUCAAAAUACUCUACAACCCAAUUAUGUGCAUCUGCUGGAUGUUGAAGAUUCUUCUAGAGAUGCCCCACUUGCAAUACACACUUACCUUAAUGAAGGCAAUGGCAUAUUUUAUGGAAAUCGUCUCAUUCUCUACAUCAAUAUCAUUUGGAAUUUUUGUUACUGUGGCAACUAUAGGAGGUCGAUCAUGCAAAAGAGAAGUGAACUCUAUUGAAGCUCCCCUUGUUCCAAACAAUGAAAAUUCUGAGGCCGAAAGUAUGACCGUGGUAAAUGAGCACCAAAACAUCUGGGAACUGUUGACUUUUAAGUCUGUUAAUCCAAUGAUGGACAUUGGUAUCACAAGACAACUUGAUUUCACAGAUCUGCUUGAAUUACCCGCUGAGCUCAGAGCUGCUUCCUGUUACGACAAACUUUUGUCUUCCUGGACUGCUGAGCAUCAAAAUCACCAUGCUGAUUCAUCUCUACUCAGAGCUAUGUCUUACGCAUAUGGAUGGACUUACUUGCGUCUGGGCCUGUUAAAGGUGAUAAAUGACAGUAUCAGUUUUGUAAGCCCACUGCUACUCAAUAAGUUCAUAAGACUUAUUCAACAAGGUUCUGUUGGCAUGGAUGGAUAUAUUAUCGCCAUUUCACUAGGAUUGACUUCGAUUAUCAAGUCAUUUUUAGAUACCCAGUAUUCCUUUCGUCUAGCAAAGCUCAAGCUGAUGUUACGAUCAAGCAUCAUGGGAAUAGUUUACAGAAAGUGUCUAUGUCUCAGUCUAUCUGAGCGUUCUAGGUUUUCUGAAGGAGAGAUUCAGACCUUCAUGUCUGUUGAUGUUGACCGCACAAUAAACUUAUGCAACAGCCUUCAUGAUGCUUGGAGCUUGCCCUUGCAGAUUGGGCUUGCUCUAUACCUAUUGUAUACACAAGUCAAUUAUGCAUUCCUUUCUGGACUUGCAAUAACAAUCAUACUAAUACCAGUGAACAAAUCGAUUUCUACGAGGAUUGCUACUGCGACACAAAAGAUGAUGAAGCAAAAGGAUGAGAGGAUAAGUUGCACAGGAGAACUUUUAGCACAUAUUAGAACAGUGAAGAUGUACAGCUGGGAGAAAUUAUUCAGUCAACGUCUGAAGAAAAGAAGAGAAUUAGAAAUGAAGCAUCUUGCGACUCGAAAAUAUCUGGACGCAUGGUGUGUCUAUUUCUGGGCGACCACACCAACAUUGUUCUCCCUUUUCACCUUUUCCAUAUUUGCAAUAAUGGGACACUCACUGGAUGCUGCCACGGUCUUCACUUGUGUCGCACUCUUCAACACAUUAAUAUCACCCUUAAACUCAUUCCCAUGGGUUAUUAACGGGAUGAUUGAUGCUGUUAUCUCUAGCAGAAGACUGGACAACUAUUUGUGUACUCCAGAGCAUUGCUCUUCCGAGUUGUCAGCCUCAGCUGCCAUUGUAAAGGAUGCCUUUGAAACAAACACUGAAUUUUUUUAUAAUCCCAAAGCUGUCAUCCUCCAGGAUGUAUGUUGUUCUUGGUCCAAUAGCUCGACUGUUGAGCCAAGCAUAAUUCUCAGAAACAUAUCUCUAGAGCUACAAAAAGGCCUUCUCAUUGCAAUCAUAGGCGAGGUUGGUUCUGGCAAGUCAUCUUUGCUGAACUCUAUUAUCGGAGAAAUGUCUGUCAUCAGUGGUUCUGUCAACUCCUGUGGUUCAAUUGCGUAUGUACCACAGGUGCCUUGGAUAUUAUCUGGUUCUUUGCGAGAUAACAUUUUGCUUGGAAAGGAAUUUGAUGCAAGGAGAUAUGAAGAAGUAAUACAAGCAUGUACCCUUGAUGUUGAUAUCUCAGCAAUGGUUGGGGGAGAUGUUUCACAUAUAGGAGAGAAAGGCCUCAACUUAUCUGGUGGACAGAGGGCCCGUCUAGCAUUAGCAAGAGCUUUGUAUCACGACUCCGAUUUAUACUUGUUUGAUGACAUACUAAGUGCAGUUGACUCACAAGUUGCUUCACGGAUCCUGGAAAAAGCCAUUAUGGGACCUCAAAUGAAGCGGAAAACACGAUUAUUAAGCACCCACAAUCUCCAGGCCAUUUCUGCUGCAGAUAUGAUUGUGGUCAUGGCUAACGGAUUUGUUAAGUGGUUUGGGACAUUGGAAUGUUUCUUGGCAACUCCAUAUUCAAGAAUGUAUAAGCCAGAUAGUUCAAGUGCUGUCUCAGCAACAAUUUCACAAAAAGAUAAACAGUCAAGCAACUCCUGUGAAUUCAAGGCUAAAGAUCUGCUUGACAAUGAUUCAGUGGUUGAUCAUGACGAACAGAGAGAUCAGACUGAAGCAGAGACCAGGAAAGAAGGCAUGGUUGAGCUUAUUGUGUACAAAAAAUAUGCAACAUUUGCGGGAUGGUCAAUGGUUUUCUUAAUAUUUCUAAGUGCAUUUUUAAUGCAAGCAUCUCGCAAUGGCAAUGAUCUUUGGUUAACUUACUGGGUUGAUACCCGCACAGGUACCAAUAACACAAGAUUUUAUCUGACUAUCCUUGCUGUGUUUGGCAUAAUCAACUCCUUUUUCACAUUGGGAAGGGCAUUUUCUUUUGCAUAUGGCGGACUAUGUGCAGCAAUUCAGAUACAUACUGAUCUUCUCAGCAAUCUAAUUGGUGCCCCAGUUUCCUUUUUUGAUAAAAAUCCCAGUGGCCGAAUACUAAACAGAUUAUCGUCAGACCUCUAUGCUAUUGAUGAUUCUCUUCCAUUUAUCCUCAAUAUAUUUGUCGCCAACUUCUUCAGCUUACUUGGCACUCUUGUUGUUUUGUGUUAUUCACAGGUUUCAUUCCUACUCAUCCUUGUUCCUCUCUGGCUUAUCUACAGCAAAGUGCAGUUCUAUUACAGAUCGACAUCACGUGAAGUAAGACGACUUGACAGUGUUGCUCGUUCACCUAUCUAUUCAUCAUUUACAGAGACACUUGAUGGUUCAUCAACAAUAAGAGCAUUUCAAAAGGAAGGAUUCUUCUUGGAGAGAUUCAUCGAACAUUUGACACUAUAUCAGAAAACAUCCUACUCUGAGCUUAUGGCUGGUCUGUGGCUCUCGUUGAGACUCCAGUUGUUAGCAGGGUUCAUCAUUUUAUUCAUCGCCAUGAUGGCCGUUGUUGGAUUCCAUAGCAACUCUCUUGUUAACUUCGGUACACCUGGACUGGUGGGCCUGGCUCUAUCGUAUGCAGCACCUGUUGUAUCACUGCUGAAUGGCUUCUUAACCACUUUUACAGAGACAGAAAAAGAAAUGAUUUCUGUUGAGAGGGUUGUUGAGUAUGUUGGUAUACCUCAAGAAGAACUCCAAGGAUCUGAAUCUCCUCAUAGAAGUUGGCCAACAGAAGGGAAUAUUGAGUUUGAGCAUGUAACCCUAAGAUAUAAAACGGAUCUACCACCAGCUUUGAAUGACAUCUCAUUCCUUAUUGCAUCAGGCAUGCAGGUUGGAGUAAUAGGAAGGACUGGAGCAGGCAAAUCCAGUAUACUGAAUGCACUUUUCCGUUUAGCUCCAAUAUGCAAUGGCCGGAUCUUAUUAGACGGUUUUGAUGUGUCAAAAGUUGCUGUCCAAGAUCUCCGUGGACAUUUUGCAGUAGUACCCCAGAGUCCAUUUUUGUUUGAUGGUUCUUUGAGGGAAAACCUAGAUCCUUUCAGUAUAGCAACAGAUCUCAGGAUAUGGGAAGCUCUUGAAAGAUGUCAUAUGAAAACAGAGAUAGAAUCAAUAGGAGGACUCGAUAUCCAUGUGAAAGAAAGCGGUGGAUCCUUUUCAGUAGGUCAGCGACAACUCCUAUGUCUUGCCCGUGCCAUCCUAAAAUCAUCCAAGGUGCUUUGCCUUGAUGAGUGCACAGCCAAUGUUGACAAUCAUACAGCAUUCCUAUUACAAACUACUAUUUCUGCUGAAUGCAAAGGCAUGACAGUCCUCACCAUAGCACAUCGCAUCUCGACAGUAAUGCAGAUGGACAAUAUUCUAGUUCUUGAUCAAGGCAAAUUGGUCGAAGAAGGAAACCCAGAGGUUCUUAGGAAUGACGAAUGCUCAAGAUUCUCACAAUUUGCAAAGGCAUCUAGGAUGUGAUUCUGGGGAAAUCUUGUGCUACUCUGUUAUAGUACCAGGGGAAACACUAGGGCAUAGUCGUAGCACUCACUUUGAUCACUGAUACUUUAUCCCCCAAGAGCAAGGAACAUGUUAACAUGAUCUUCUAGAUUAUGAUUCUGUUAACAUAGCUCGAGAGUCGAGACUUUCUGAAAUGAAUAAGGAUGGGGUCGAUUAUGUUUGUAA